CACAAGGCAGAUCUGCCAGCAAACAAAAAUAAACCACCCUAUGCUGUAGUUUAAGCGAUGAGACAUAAUAUCGGUUCAGAACUUUCUAAAUCUUGACCUUGGAAUAAUCUCUGGACACCGCUGAUGUGUUUAGCAUCGCAAGGUCUUUACCUCAGUGCUCAGAUACGUGGUGCACACGUCCAGAACAAGAGGCCAUGGAUGUUGAGUUGCUGCAUGCUGCUCAUGCAGAACACGGCUCACUUCUGCUCAAGCAGCUGGAGAGGAUGAGAGCAGCUGAGGAGCUCACUGAUGUGGUGCUGCUGGCAGAAGGGAUUCCCUUCCAUUGCCACAAGGUGGUGCUGUCUGCAUUCAGUCCAUAUUUCCAGGCCAUGUUUACAUGCGGUCUGAAGGAGACCCGAGGAGGAGAGGUGCCUCUCAGAGACAUUCCUGCCCAGAGCCUGGAGCUGCUCCUGGACUACAUGUACCGCGCUGAGCUCCCUCUUUCCAACAACAACAUCCAGGCCGUGGCUGCUGCUGCCUUCCUGCUGCACAUAGAUGGAGCCUUCAGGUUGUGUCAGAGCCACAUGGAGGCCCGCAUGGACACAUCGAACUGCAUUGGUCUGUACCACUGGGCCAGAGACCUGGGAGCAACUGAUCUGGCUGAUGGUGCCUUGAAAUACCUCUAUCAACACUUUGCACGGGUUUGUGAGGAAGAAGAAGUGCUGGAGCUGGAUGCCCAGAGUCUUGGGGAUCUCCUGGGCUCAGAUGACCUCAACAUAUCACAGGAGGAGGCUGUGCUGGAGCUGGUGCUGCGUUGGGUGGAGAGGCGAAGGGGUGAUUCACAAAGCGAAGCCCAGGCCGUGCAAUUACUCAGACGUGUGCGACUGGAGCUGGUGGACCCUGGAUUUCUCCGUAAAGCUAGGAGGAGAAACCCGGUGCUGCUACGGGAUGCUGAAUGCUUUGGGAUGAUUGAUGCUGCUCUCCAUACGUCAGGUCUCUGUGAAACGUCAGCUCCACCUCGCCCAGCUCUUCGCUAUGGCAUGGAAACAACUGACCUGUUGCUCUGUUUGGGUGGAAUAAAUAAGGAGGGAGUGCCUGUCCGACGGGGAGGAGUUGCUGAUCUCAGUUUCUGUUUUGACGCCCAUGGUAGAAAGAUCUACUACAUCCCCUCUCCACUGAAGGCCUGUGGAGGUAUGGGACAGAUCACAGCAGGGGCAGUGACCAGAGACAAUAACAUAGUGGUGACCAUAGAGGCAGAAGACCAACAGAGAAUCAAAAGGGUUGAUCUCUACAGGUACGACAAUUCAGAGGAGAACAGCUGGGUGGUGUUAUGCUCAGCAGCAUACAGGGACAUGUAUGCCUUAGGGGUGGUAGGCGAGGGUCUCUAUUUGAUAGGAGGUCAGAUGAAAGUGCGCAAUCAUUACAUAAUCACAGACAGCGUGGAGAGAUGGUCGCUGAAGAGAGGAGGGAGCUGGCUCAGCUUUGCUCCGCUGCCGCUUCCUUUAGCCUGCCAUUGUGCCGUGAGCCUGAAGGAGCAUCUCUAUGUGCUGGGCGGCUGGACGCCACAGGAUCUGCCAGAUGAUGAGCCUGACAGGCUGAGUAACCGUGUGUUUCAGUUUGACCCUGGCAAAGACAGGUGGACAGAGUGUGCCAGGAUGAAGUACUCUCGGUACCGCUGUGGCACAGCUGUUCUCAGUGGAGAAAUCUACAUAUUAGGUGGUAUAGGCUGUGAUGGAGAGGACCGUGGACAAUCACGGCGAUGUCUGAGCUCUGUGGAGAUCUACAACCCAGACACAGACACCUGGAGGGCCGGGCCAACCCUCCCCACAUCCUUACUCGCCCUCCGAACCAACGCCUCCAACAUAGGAGUAGUGGAAGGAAAGCUGUACCUCUGUGGAUACUACAAGGGUGCCGGCCGUCAUGAGAUCAUCACCAAGGAGAUUUUGGAACUGGACCCAACGGACAAUGUGUGGACAGUGGUGGAAAGACGAGCAGCCAUGCACGACAGCUAUGACGUCUGUCUAGUUGCUAAUCUCAACCCUCGAGGCCUCAUCACACCGUAAAACAUCUUCUCCUGACUCUGAGUAGCAACUAAGUGAGCAUCUGUUCAUUAAACGUCAUAAAGCUUCAUCUAAACUUGGCUUCACCCCUAGAUUUGUAAUGUAUCAACAUCAAGGUCCACAUGAUUGCUGCUUUGUUCUCUAUGUCAGUCAAUAACUUCCCAAAGAAUGCAAUAGUGUCUCAUGUCUGUCUAUUAAAUGACUUUACGGUGAGUAGACUGUUAAUUUAGCUUAGAACUGGGAAUAGGGGCUGGCCUGACUAUACAUAGGUAAAGCAAACCAGCAGCCCCAAAACCCACUGAAGAGCAUAUCAUAUCUUUGUAGUUUUUAAACACAUUACCCAUCUUUGCCUUGCCUUGCUGCUCUCACACUGGUGUAUGAAUCCGUGAAUGUUGGUGGUGGUCGGACGGGCCGUAGGCGCAGAUUGGGAUCCACGCUUCCGUCAGUCUGCCCCAGGGCAGCUGUGGCUACAAAUGCAGCUUACCACCACCAGAGUGAGAAUGUGUGAGUGAAUGAAUAAUGGAUCCAUUGUGAAGCACUUUGAGUGCCCAGAAAAGCGCUAUAUAAAUAUAAUCCAUUAUUAUUAUCAUUAUGAAACAAUUUAAGAAUUAUAAAAUAAAAAUAUUUUUUUAAAAAGUAA